UAAUACUAUCGCCCUUGACUUUGGACGGGCUCUAUUUGGACCAGUAGGCGCUAUUGUCUUUGCAUGUUUGGUCGCAGUUUCGUGUUUUGGCGCUCUAAAUGGUGCCUUUUUCACUUCUUCGCGUCUUAUCUGUGCAGCGGGUCAGGAAGGAUUCCUACCCGAGAUGUUUGGCCAACUACAUCCAACGAGGAAGACGCCCAUGAAUGCCACGAUCUUACAGGCUGUUGUCACGCUAGGUUUCGUGAUCUUCGGAGGAGGGUUCAGAUCUCUUGUCAAUUUCUACUCGGUGGCUAGUUGGGGGUUCUACUUUUUGACCGUCCUCGGCCUCGUGGUCCUCAGGUUCAAGGAACCAUACCUCGAAAGGUGGGGAGACAUUUUUGAUAUCCAUCCCAAGCGCCCAGCUAACUAUUUGAUUCGUAGACCGUAUAGAACGUUUAUUUCCACCCCCUUGAUAUUCUGCGGGGUGGCCCUUUUCUUAUUGUCCAUGCCUGUUCUGGCUGCUCCUCUGGAGGCUCUUGCAGCGCUCGGCAUCCCGAUGUACUUCCUCACACAAUCUGAGUAUGCAAAUCGGCCAGAUAGCUUGUUAGGUAGAUUCAAGGCGUGGGUAAACUCGUUGUACUCGGACGGCCGUCUCAGUCGAGGAGGUUGGACAAGAGUUGCGACGGAGGCCGACCCGGAUGAAAAUCACCAGAUCUCGAGGGUCUCAGAUCUCACUGAUCUUCUCUUCAGCAGGAACGGAGAAACCUACUCCAGUGAACGACGACUCCUUAUGAGAAUGCGGGUGUAUAAGAGGUGA